CACCAACUUGCUUCAAGCCAAGCGCGCAAUCUUUUCGAACUUAGUUCGCCAGUGAAGCUAUUGUGCUUGCCGAUUCCACUCUGCACGACACUGCGGUGAUUGGGCAAGACUGUAGCUUCCAGACUAAGCUCUCGUGUGCGUCAGAGCUUCCUGCCUCACGCACCACAUCGCCAAUCUGCAGGAAAUACCGUUGUGUAUUAACCGUGGUCUGGUAGUCCACCCCAAAACGUUCCGAGGUCGUCAGAUCCCCUACGGUAUAUCCUAGCCAGCUUAUUCCUAAAACCCUUGACCGAAAUUCACACGCAUCGUCCGCAUUCCGCCCUCCAUGCCGGGCAAGUUGAAGGCAUUCUUUCGGAGAACCGGCUCGAGUAGCUCAGGUAGAACGUUGACCCAGCCACCACUUGCGGAACGACAUCCCGAGUCAGCACAGGCAGCACCACAUGCAAAACAUCAACCAAGCACCCAGUCCACACACGAACCUGCGCGAUCGGUAACACCCUCGAACGACGAAUACGGCAGAGUCAUCAGUAGUCCCCCUCAGAGCAGAAGGGAUUCGCCCAGGCCCCCACCGAGCCACAAACCGCCCGUCGCCGCCACAGAUUACGGCCAGCCCGAUCCUGAGGACAAUGACGAGUCAAUUACAGGCCGACAUAGUUUGUAUACACCGGAGGUUUCGCCAGACGGUGGACCUACCGGUACGGGGCACAUGUCUCUUGGGGGGGAUAGAAGACUUAUAGAAGGAGUCAGCGAACAGAAGCAUAGCGAGGAUGUCGCCGAUCGAAAUAUCGCCCACUAUGGUAGCGCAUCCCCCCGACACAGUUCCAUUCCAACCUCUAUGCAAGGGGAGCCGCAGCUCAGCAAACGAACGUCUGACGUCCUCGGUUCGCACCAGAUUUCUCUGCGAAAGGGUUCCGUCGGGGGCAACUCUAUGGGCUCGGUCGGUUCACCUGGUUCCUUCAACUCCGUUGCGUCCAAGUAUACACUAGGUACGGGAGUGGCCACCGAAGGUAGUCUUGUUGAUGGCAUCCUACCCCACGUCGAAGGUUCAGAGUCACGGAAAUGCAAGCCAACUGAUCGGCCGUCUCGAAUUGCGCGCGAUGAGCUCCGUCUGAGCUGGGGGAGACGGAAACCCAGAGGAAGCAGUGACGAGGACGCACCACGGAUUACAAGAGGAUCUCCAGGAGACUCGGCCGAGUCUCCUUCUGAAGAAAGGCCGCCUGCUUCUAAAGAAGGGCUUAUAGACCUUCGGAAAUUUGUUAUGGGCGGGCAGCGCGAUGGCCCCAGCGAUGAAGGGCCUCCACUUGAUGGGAUCGUAGACCUUAGGGAUACCGAAGAUGUUGACAAAGCCACGCACUGGGCUCCAGCGGUGACACACGAGGUAGUCAAGCCUACGGAGCAUCAUAUACGGGAAGAGAAGAUCUACCGGGAGAUCCAUAACCACGAUGUAUACCAUCGCGUUCAGCCUGUCUACGAGACCGAGAUUCUUCCCGCUCGUCACUUUCUCCGCGGUUCCAAUAAUGAGCUAGUCGAAGUAUCAGAAGAGCAAUUACCUUACUGUACAGGAGCGAACCAAAGGUGGUUUAUCGCCGAGAAAGAGCAGCCCGCAACAGAAGUCUCUCAACGCCGCCCAAGGCUAACAGAACCGAAGGUCGUUGCUGAUCAAACGACUAUGACUCCGGCGGGGUUCGAGCGAAGGGAGAUAACUAUCGUGCAUUCGCCAGAAUUGGAAGACAUGUCGGAUUACGCCAGUCCAGUCCUACCUCUUCAUUUCGUCCACGAAGCCGUAAAGAAUCCUGAAGAGGAGCUGGAAGAGACGGACAGAAGGUUGAAUCGUCGUCCGGUCACACAGUCCCUGACGCUGAAAGAACUCGCGGACACCCUUCCGGCCACAAGUAUCCCUGAACGCACCUCUAGUCUACGACAUUGAGAAGAUGUUCUGUGAUUAGGACGUUAACGAAGACAAGGCGUUCAAGCGCUCAUCACUCAUACUUCGAUUUCCUUACCCCGCCAAUGCACGACGUAAUUUGAUUCCACCUAGUAUACACGUCAACGCUACCCACGAGCAUCCCUGCUGUACCUGCCGG